AUUCCGUGUGAUUUUACUAUAGACAGUUCAGAAUUUGACCAAUUUCCUUUCAUUUUUUCCACACAUCGGACACGUUAAACCCACGCUUUGCCAAUGUCAUCCCCCUCUUUUUCAAAGAUCGUUUAUCAGCAGCUUUCAUUUUCGCGUGUCCUACGAUCAGUCGUGAUUUAUGCGGACAAUUCAGAAUGUUGCUGUUCUGCAAAAUUUUGUUCACGGUCGUGUUCGUCUUCACUGCCCGUGUUGUUGUCUGCUUUCAAAACACGACGAAACACGGUGCACUUGUUAUUGAAGAAGAAGGUGACAAGACACCUCGGAUGAUUGAUAUGACCUCAAAGCAAGAGCUGCUCUGCUCCUACGGAUCAUCUUGUGUUCCACUCAGUGAAUGUACUAUAAUGACUCAACUUCUUCGGCAAUCAUGUCUUCAGAUGAACAAGAUGAGGGGUUUAACAUGUGGAUACAAAGGAGCAGAACCUCUUGUAUGCUGUCCUGAUUCAUGUUCAAACGAGAAAGAUACCGAUAAAAAUUUGUAUCAAGAGAAGUGUGGGCUGCCACAAUUUAAUAAUUGGUGGUCUUAUAAGUACCAAGGAGUCGGAUCCCAGCCUUGGGCAGUUCGAGUUGGAUUUAAAAAUGUGUUAGCCAAUCGUAUUGAUUAUCUAUGCUGUGGGUCAAUAAUAAGUAAACAUGUCAUAUUGACUGCUGCUCACUGUGCACUUGCAAAAACUUCAACUCAUAAAAUAGCAGUUGUUAAAGUCGGCGAGUUUGAUUCUGAACAUGAUCCUGAUUGUAAUAACGGACUCUGUGCACCACGAUCAGUCGAUGUCCCGCUUAAUCAUAUCAUCGUUCAUCCCGGCUAUGAUGCAAAAGUUUUCCGCCACAACAUAGCUCUGCUCGUUUUGAAGCAACCACUGAAUUACUCUUUAGGAGUACAGCCGAUAUGUUUAUAUCCAAAAUCAACAAAUUAUAUUUAUGCUGGCCAUAGAGCUUUACUUGUCGGAUGGGGAAAGCUUGCUGGACAAAAGGAAACAAGGACAAAGCAGCAACAGUUGAGCUUACCGGUCGUCAAGUUAGAGUCUUGUUCACUUGUCUACGGUACAGCGGUACCGAUAACAGAAAAUGAAUUGUGCGCAGGAGGAGAGUUAGGAAGGGAUGCUUGCUCUGGUUUCGGAGGCGCCCCGCUUGUCACCGUCGAUCCGAACUCGAGAGACCGAUAUUUUCAGAUUGGCUUGAUGUCCUUCGGUUCAGAUCAAUGCGGUAGCUACGGCGUACCUAGCGUCUACACAAGAGUCGAUCGGUAUACAGACUGGAUUAUAGCGAAUUCACCAAAAAUUGAUUGAUACUUAAAAUUUUGUUAAACAUAUUUAUCUCUCAUUUAAAUGUUCAGAAGUUAAGGAAAUAAAAAAUCUGUUUUGUACAUCUAAGGAA